AUUGUAUAUAUAGUGAGCUGAAUAGCUUCAUCUGUCAACUUUACAUACAUGGGAAGAGGAAGCCUCAAUUGGGGAAUUUCCUCUAUCAAACUGACCUGUGGGUAUCAUCUCCAGGCUCUCCGGCACCUCUACGUGCUUGCUGCAGAACCCAGGCUGCUGGUACCUGUGGAUGUGGAUACAAACACACCCUGCUAUGCCCUUUUAGAAGUUACUUACAAGAGCACUCAGUGGUAUGAACAAACCAAAGAAGAAUUGAUGGCUCCAGCUCUUCUUCCAGAGCUUCACCUUUUAAAGCAGAUUAAAGUUAAAGGUCCAAGAUACUGGGAGCUGCUCAUAGAUUUAAGCAAGGGAGUGCAGCACUUGAAGUCCAUUCUUUCCAAGGAUGGAGUUUUAUAUGUAAAGCUCAGAGCAGGCCAGCUCUCCUACAAAGAAGAUCCAAUGGGGUGGCAAAGUUUGUUGGCGCAGACUGUUGCUAACAGAAACUCUGAAGCCCGGGCUUUUAAGCCAGAAACAAUUUCAGCGUUCACUUCUGAUCCAGCACUUCUACCAUUUGCUGAAUAUUUCUGCAAACCAACUGUGAACAUGGGUCAGUACUCUGUGCACUUGCUGCCUUAUGUUCCUGUUGCUGUCACGGUAUCAGAGACCACAAACCCCUCAGGCUUCCUUUUGCCCAUGGAAAAUGAGACCUGGAUCAUGUCCUUCCUGGACCCAGCUCAGUGUAGCCUGCUUUGUGUCAGAGCGAAACACAAAAUAACCUAG